AUGAAUUUCUCGAUAUACAGUACUAUAUUUAACGGCAUAUCAAGAGUGGAGAUAAAUAUGAAAUUUCAAAUCAUAUCAAUUACUUUAUUCAUAUAUUGCGUAAAAUGUGAACACAAUUUACAACUCGUUUGGAGCGAAGAAUUUAAUGGCAAAGAAUUGGAUGCAAACGUAUGGGAAGUGGAGGAUGAAUGGCAAUCAGGCAAUUGCUAUGGCAAUUUCAUCGGUCAACUGAACUGCAAUGUAAACAAAAACGGCUGUCUGGCCAUAACAGCCGUUCGGGAAAAGCAAAAAGUUUUUGAUAAAGAGUACACAUCGGGUAAAAUCAAGACCAAAAUGGGCUGGACUUACGGGCGCUUUGAGAUUAGGGCCGCUCUACCGGUGGGCAAAAUGUUGAGACCAGUGAUGGCUAUGGAGUCGGUAUCACCCAAACAGUGGGCGACCACCGGUCAGAUCGAUAUAAUGUCUAACAUACAAACUCAAACAUUUGCAUCCGGCGUGCAUUUCAGCGCAUCGCCGCCCGUAUAUUACGGCCAAAGUUAUGGCUUAACCCCCGAAACACGUGUCAAUCAAUUUCAUACAUACGCUGUCGAGUGGAGUGAACGACAAAUGAGUUGGUUUUUUGAUGGCAAACCGUAUUUCACGUUUCGGUUAAACAAAACAUUAUCUCCACAUUACGUCCGAAAGGGUGAGCCGUUUGUGGGAAAGCCGUUCAAAAUAUUGAUAAACUUAGGCGUCGGCGGACUCUUCUUUCCCAAUCAAGUGCUCGGCAUUAAUGACAGCAACGACUGGAAGUGCUCUGCGAUUAUUGUAGAUUACGUUAGAGUCUAUCAAAUGGUUAACAAUAAUCACUCAAUUAGUGAAACAAUCAAUACAGGAGAGGACCGAACGUCAAGUGCCGCAGAUAUUUGCCCGACUGUUAUGUCAGAUAUAAGUGGAGAUAAUCCGUGCGAUUUAGAUAUAGAGAUGCUAUACGUUAACCACAAUUGGGACAUGGAUGUGAACGUGGUAUCAAUGAUUGGCAACACAGAGAAACUACUACUUCAUGACCUGUGCGGGGCAUUUCAAUUCGGGACAAUUAGCGCUCUAAUGGGCUCUAGUGGGUCUGGCAAAACAACCUUGCUCAAAUGUCUGAUGGGGAGCUCAAAAUACCGUUUCGGUGCCCGUACGCAGAUAUAUUAUCAGCCGGAGCUUAAAAUACGAUCAUGCUACAUUAACCAGGAACAGAAUGGUCGUUUACUACAAGGGCUAACCGUACGCCAAGCUCUGACCUAUGCGUCCCAAUUGAAAAACAGUGGCCGCGAUAGCAGUGACGGCUCAGAGAGUGAUCAGUCACCGGAUGUCCAAAAACUUAGUCAUAGCCGUCGUAUACGAGAACUGAUGGAAGCGCUGUUGAUCCUGGAAAUCAAGGAUAAUCGGGUUGACAGGUGUAGUGGCGGUGAACUGAAAAGGGUUAUGAUAGCCAUGGAAUUGACAUCUGUUUUGUUGCCAAACAUUAUGUUUUUGGACGAACCCACCACUGGUCUGGACAGUAAUGCCGCAGAUAUUGUGAUUUCAUGCCUAAAAACGCUGAGCCGUAAGCAUAACAUAGCUAUCAUAACAUCCAUACAUCAGCCAAACAACUUGUUGUUUAUGCUUUUCGAUAACGUCUAUGUGUUGGCCAAACAGGGAGUUAACAUAUACUGGGGUCGACCGAACGGUCUGGCCCUACACCUGCGCGAGUGUGGUAUAACCACCACAAAUACCCCAUCCAUAUCCAGCACCAGGAAUACUGGUGAGAAUCACACCGAACCUGAAAUACAGUUUCCCAUUGAAGUCCUACUAAAAUAUUCGUCUAAAGCCGUGGCCACCGAUGAACGGGUCCAACGAUUGGCUGCGAAAACUUAUCAACUCAAGCACGGGUUACGGCGACAAUGCACCGAAGGGGCGAUGCAUUUGACCCCCGAAUGGUACAGCACAGGGUCGUACUACUGGGCCAAAACACUGGUCGAGCAAGUACUAUCGAUAAUAUUUGCCUACAUCUACACAACAAUCAUGUAUGUCAUUAAUGACCAGAAAUCAGAGAUCUCACAGUUUUACAAAUACCUGUACGUAUCACUCAUGGCGUUCAUGUGUUCGCAAACGCUCGGCUCACUAAUCGGGAUCAUUUGCCACCGAAACGCCCGAUUGGCCCUAUGCGUGGCUGUUGCCAUCUAUUCUUCCUUGCACUAUUUUAACAAUUUUAUCGUGCCCACCAAGGACAUGUUUAAAAUGUUCCAAAUGAUCUCGGACUUUGCCUACACCAAAUACGAGUUUAAUGCCAAACUAUUGAUCUUGUACGGUUUUGGCCGCUGCCCAGAGGGCUCCAUUGCCCACGUGCUAAACCAAUUUUCAGUAGGGCCAGAUUCUAUGUACUGGCGCUACUGUUUGUACCUAUUUUGCUUGUACAUGGUGCUAAAAUGUUUCGAACUGACAUCAUUACUCAUAUUGGCCAAUAAAGUGUCCAUAAACCUAGAUGUGUUGUGGCUCAACGCGUUUGCGAGCUUGUGGUUCAAGAAUAACCAAUCAGAUCCGAAUUUGCGUUGCUUUGCCUACACUAAGCCUGUUUCGGUGACAAUCAAUAAGGCACCGGACAUGACUACCGGUGCGACUCGUGUUCUUUGGGCGGAUCUGUCGUUUGAGAUGCGACCGAAACUGUGCCGACGCGGCGACCGCUCCGGAGGGCUGAUACUGGACAACAUCGCCGGUGUUAUAGAGUACGGCACGUUGAACGGUCUGCUGGGGCCGAGUGGGUCGGGAAAGACUACUUUGAUGCGCUGUCUAUACGGUCGCCAGAGUCGCCCAAUGACCGCCGAGACCCUGAUUUACGUCAAUCGUCGAGAGCCAGUGGUGGCGUGUUUUGUCACCCAAAACACGGCUGAGCACCUCCUGGAGGGCCUGACCGGUCGACAGACACUGGUCUACGCGUGUAAACUGAAAAACAGUCGCUUGAGCUGUAUAGAGACAGAUGUGUCUCUACGGGCCGGUGUAGAUGAGUUGCUCCGGGAGCUGAUGAUCAAUAAUAUAAGGGAUACGCCGGUCGAGCUGUGCUCCGGAGGUGAGCGGAAACGGCUGGCCAUUGCCACGGAGUUGACAUCGCGGGUAAAGCCCAACAUGUUGUGCAUCGAUGAGCCCACCAGUGGUCUGGACAGCGAUGCGGCCGAAGUGGUGUUCAGGUGUCUGCUGGCUCUCACACGCCGGCACCGAAUAACGAUCAUAGCGUCUAUACAUCAGCCAAACAACGAGCUAUUUUUCAUGUUUGACACCAUCAAUGUGUUGGCCAAAGGCGGACACGUGGUCUACGCCGGGCCUCCCGAUGGCUUACGGACCCAAAUGGCCGAAUGCGAUCUCCACUGCAGUUCAGGUGAGGCCCCCAUCGAGAAGACGCUAAAACACGCGGCACAGGGAGUGACCGGUAAUCCGCCAAUGGAUCGAAUGCGGCGAAAAGCAGCCGAACUCAGGGAUCAGUUGGUGAAACAGUGCCAUCAGAUGAGCGCCGAUAUGAAGCUCAUGCGAUCGGGCGCCGGCCUCCAGACCCGCGCUAAGUGGUUCAUUGUCACUGACUUUUGGUACCUAUUGAUGCGGACAAUGAGGAUUUCAUACCUGUCUCAAUGGAAAGCGCUUGUCAUUCAGUUUUUGCUUAGUAUAUCGAUAGCACUGCCAUUUUCCCGAUCACUCAAUGAGGAUAUGGUUGUGCCAGACAGCUGUCUGGCCACUAACACGACCGUUAAUUUGCUUCAGUGCGCCGACAGUGGCCAGUAUCUGGAACAACAGGCCUUGAUUUCCCAGAAUAUUAAGUAUAAUAUGGUGUUUAUGUCCUUUCUCAGCUAUCUCCAGAUUGUUAUUACUCCCCUUUCAUUUACAUCCGAUGUGAAUAUUUUUAUCAAUCAACAACGAAAUGUUAGUAACUGA